AUGGGGAGGUCAGAGAUCGAAACUUGGAUGGCGUCUACCUCGACUGGAUCUGACGAUGAAGGCGAUUCCUCCACCUCCGGUCCUACCUGGCGCCGAGAAAACAUUUUAAAGGAUUGGCCGACCGCAAUGCAGGUCGCCCAAACGAAACUCUUCGUGAGCAGCACCAAGGCGCGCAUACAAUUUCUCAAUGAAGAGCUUCUAGUACUCGCGAAAUACGGUGAUCUCAGCCUCUCUCAGAUCAUGGAUAUCUUCAAGCUUUUGACUUCGACGUAUCCACGCUAUAUCGAUUCCGAAUCGCGAGAAACCGUCGAGUCUGUGGGUAUGGCGAUGGUGCGACGAGACGAGCUAAGGGGACGACCGGAGGGCGAGCCAGAAGAGAGCAAGUUCGGAGUCCUCGAGCAAGUCCUUGGUUGGGUGUCGCAGGAAGUGGGGAGGAUACACAAAAGUCCAAGCUCUUGCGCCGCUGCGGACAUAUUCGUGCUGCUGAGCUGGUCAUGCGGACUGUAUGUUAUCUGCCUCGACUGCGAUCCCGAAUUUCCUACCUCUCGUGCAUGGCCAGUACUUCUCGCAAUCAUGGCCUGUCUCGUCGAUAUGCUUCUGGAUCCCACAACGCCCGGAAAGAAGUCCAUCCACAAGAGUGCAUUGGUCAGAACUAGGCGAGCACUACGCCAUAGCCCAGGAAACCUGUCCACUGUGAUGCGCACUCUACUCAGACCUAUGAAGGCUUUGCCUUCUCCGUUAGCCGUGGUGCCCCUCCUUGGUAUCUCGAUUGAUGUGACACUACGCCUGAAGGACGUCAAGGAUCAAAAGCUCACCACCAUAGAUUCUGCAGUGAAGACAGAGAUUAUCCAACUCUACACCGGCUCUGUUCUGAUGUCGAGAGCACCGGUGGGGAGCCACAUCUCUACAGCACUCCAUGAUUUCAUAAGCAGUCAAGUGACCACCAGUGAUUUCGCCGGAACGAUUCUUCCCUCCAUGGAGAAGGCACUUCUUCGCUCCCCAGAGAUCUCCCUCACUAUCACAGCCGACUUCUUUCCUGCCUACGCCCAUGAAGUACCCAGUGAUUCGUUCCGCAAGCUCCUGGCAUCCUGCUUGAACAGUGCCAAGUCGUCCAACGCAUUGGUUAGGAAUAGUGCUGCUGUCUUCUUCAAAGUUCUUGCGGAUCGCGCAAAGGAACCGGCAGAUCAAGAACACGCCGCCAGCGAGCUGUUGGCCCUUCCGAAGGCUGGCAAAACUGCUGGACCGGAUCACCGAGUCACAUUAUUCACUAUGCUUGGCGGACUGCCGUCGUCAACCUCCGUCUCGCCAAGCGUCGUCAGAACUGCUCUCCCUAUCCUCGCAAAAGAGACACAUGAUGCCGCAAUGACCGCCUUAUCCAAGUCCCUCGCACCUCAUCUGCUCAGCUCUCUCAAGAGCGACACACCACUCCCCAACGACGUCGUUAUCGUUGCGACGAAAGAGAUGACGAGCGCGAAGCCACCCGUUCGACGGGCAUUUUGCUCGUUGGUAGGCAAUGCGCUUCUCUCUAUUGGCGACACCGUAUCCGAAGCCGCGUUGGCGUUCACGAAGGCCGUCAUUCCCGCACUCGAAGCCAACUUGAAAACAGUCGCUGCGAACCCCUUCAACGCGGCUGCGGGCACAUUAGACGGUUACGUUUCGGUGGCAAUCCUUCUUGGCCCUCUCGCACGCUCCAAGCAAUUCGAUACCAUUAUCAGCGGCAACUCGAACUUGCAUGCCCUUGCGGUAGCCAGUCCGAAGCCUUCAUUCUUGCUCUGGGAUAAAGUCUACCAGAAGUUGAACGGCGAAGAGGAGGAGAUGUGGCUUCUGCAUGCAUCGGAGGCGACUCUCUUUUACUUCAAGAACGAGUUCAUCACUAAUGAACAAGCCAGGACGCUGUUAGGCUCCAUCUUCCUGCAUCUGGUGGUCGAGAGCAAUAUCCCUGCCGUUCGGCGCGCGGCUGUCGGUGUCGUGGAGCGUCUGACCGCCGCCCUCCCCGAACAUAUCAACCUUGCGAUCACUUCGGCCUGCGCCACCUACCUCUCCAAGGAAAAGACGCCAGUCAAAGCGAACGGCUCGAGCGACGAACUGGAGACCACUACGAGCAAGGAAGCACGACUCCCUGCUUUAAUCCUUGCCUGCGCGGCGUUCGGUGAAGAUUGCCCGCUUGACAUCAAGCAGCGCAUGCUUUGGGAUUGGGUACUGCUUGCGCAUCAUCCAGGGCCUUCUGGAAAGAUCCGCCAAGUAUGGAUUGAGCUCUGCCAGAAGGCGCGUGUUGAUCCGCACGAGCUGGUUACUGCUCACGCGGACGCGAUUUUGGAGAAAGUUUACAGUGCCAUGGAGGUGGAUUCCAAGGCCGCAUCUGGAUUCUCGGAGGCCGCAUACCGUGCGGUUACAACACUGGUCUUCGUCGCCCCAGAAGCCGUGCUCCACAAGCUCGUUGGCCACAUCCAGUCCGACAUCGCCCCUUCCAACACGCAGUCGCUCGCGGACGACGACCUCGCGAUCUGGGCGACUCCCGUAGGCCAGACCUACGUCGACGUGCUCGCUACGAAGAAGGAUGAGGUCCCACAAAAGAAGGGCAAGGGCUACAAGGACGCACAGUGGGAAGCUGAAGUCCGCAAGUCGCUCGCGAGCAAAAAAGCCAGCGGGGCCGGCGCGACGCUUUCAAAGGCCGAUCAGGCGCUUGUGCAGGCGCAACUCGAGAAGGAGGCGGCGGUGCGUGCGCGCGUCGAGGGUAUCAAGGCGAAGUUGGAGAGAGGACUUGGGUUGGUGCAUGCUCUCGUGCGGGCGCAGGUGGAGGAACUGCACAGUUUCGUAUCACCACUGGCGACGCUCAUACGUGAAGGCGCGUUCGGCCCGGCUGUAAGGCUGGUGGGCGAGACCUCGUUCACAACCUACUUGAUGCUUUCUGAGUGCUGUUCGGAUCGUUUGGACAGCUACUGCAAGUGGGUUGGGGUCGCGGCACUGCGCAGCUCUGAAGUAGAUGGCAUUCCUGAAGACUUCACUAUCGAACCUCUCAAUGCCUUGGUGAUCCGCGUGCUUUAUCGUCUACGCACUCUCUCCGAGCAGACUCCUUUCGACGCAGCCACGUACGGUUAUGCGUCACCACUUCUCAGUCAAGUGCUGGUCAAGGGCGGCAUUGCUAUUGGCGAAGAGGACGACCCGCUUGAGCAGAUCGCGCUUUCUCUGGACAUCAUCAAGUUCCAUUGCGGUGAAUUCUCCGAUGCCACCUACCCCCGCAUUAGCACCGUUCGCGACCUUAUCCAUGCGAUCCGGUAUCAACCCAAGCUUGCGAAGGACGCAUCAUCGGCUCUCCUCGACAUUGGUCAGGCUAUGCAGGCCAAUGCUACUCGCGAGGAAGUUGGCGUGCUCGUCCGUGGUACCCUGUAUCAAGAAGUGUACACCAGGACAUCGUGUCUCCAGGCAUUGCAGCCUUUCGAUCUCACAGAUCUGGACUGGUCUCCCGAACUCUGGAUUUCAUGCCAUGACGAGGAUGGAAACAACGCCCGACUUGCGAACGUCAUUUGGGAAGACAACGGCCUCGACGUGCCGGAGAACUUUGUCCAAGACCUUCUUUCGUACCUCGAGCACGAGAACGUGUAUGUCCGGACGUCUGCGGCCGCUGCUCUUGCAGAAGGUGUUAUCGAAUACUGGCCUACGACCAUCAGCAAGGUCCUCAUCACGCUUCAAGACUUCUAUCGUGAGAAGGCGAAGGUCUUGGCUCCUGAAUUCGAUCAAUACGGCAUGGUCAUCGCCUCUAGCAUUGGUCGGACAGAUCCGUGGCCUGCUCGCGUUGCUAUUUCCCGCGCACUCGAGGCCCUCUCACCUGCCUUCACCCCCGAAGAUGUGGAGCCCUUUUUCAAGUUCCUCAUCCAGGAUAAGGCACUCGGUGAUCUUCAUCCCGACGUUCGUCAAGGCAUGCUUCGCUGUGGCACCACAGUCAUCGACUUGCACGGAUCGACUCGCCUCCCGGAACUCAUCGGCAUGUUUGAGGCGGAGCUGGCCAGCACUGGUCCUGCAGACGAGUCCUCGGACCAGAUCAAGGAGGCAGUUGUCAUUCUCAUCGGUCGCGUCGCGAGGCAUCUGGACCCAUCGGACAAGCGCCUGCCGUCCACCGUCGAGCGGCUGGUGGGUGCGCUCAAGACACCCGCGGAACAGGUUCAGAUGGCCGUUUCCGAAUGUUUGUCCCCGCUUGUCAAGAUCCUGAGGGCGCCGCCCUCAGAGUUGGUCGAUCGCCUUCUGGACGAGCUAUGUAACUCCCCCUCCUACGCUGCCCGUCGUGGUGCGGCAUAUGGUCUCGCAGGUGUGGUCAAGGGUCUCGGUAUCUCUGCGCUCAAGGAGUACAGGAUCAUAGAUCGCCUUCGCGCCGCAGCGGACGACAAGAAGCGCUUCGAGCCGCGCCAGGGCGCUAUGUUCGCCUUCGAAACGUUCACCAGCACCCUCAGUCGUCUUUUUGAGCCUUACGUCAUUCACAUCCUUCCACUGCUCCUCAACUCCUUCGGCGAUGGAACACCCGACGUCCGAGAUGCAGUUCAAGACACUGCACGAGUCAUCAUGGCAAACAUGUCCGGCUACGGGCUGAAAACCAUCCUCCCAUCGCUCCUUUCUGGUCUGGACGAGAAGCAGUGGCGGACCAAGAAGGGUUCUAUCGAGCUCCUUGGUAUGAUGGCGUAUUGUGCUCCCAAACAGCUCUCGCAAUCACUUCCAAUCGUCAUCCCUCGCCUCACCGAUGUCCUCACUGACUCCCAUGCUCAAGUGCGUGUGGCAGCGAACAAGUCCCUCAAGCAGUUCGGUGAGGUCAUCAGCAACCCGGAGAUCCAGUCGCUCGUGCCAGUGUUCCUCAAAGCAAUGGUGGAUCCUGCGAAGACGCCGAAUGCGCUCACUGCCCUGAUCAAGAUGUCGUUCAUGCACUACAUCGACCACUCCUCGCUCGCGCUGGUCAUCCCCAUCAUUGAGCGCGGUCUUCGUGAGCGAGGCGCCGACACCAAGAAGAAGGCAGCUCAGAUCGUUGGAAACCUGGCAUCCCUCACAGAGUCCAAAGACUUCGUUCCUUAUCUCUCUCGCCUGCUCCCCAUGGUCCACGUGGUGCUUGUCGACCCUGUUCCCGAAGCUCGUGCCACCGCUGCCAAAGCUCUGGGAACACUUGUCGAGCGACUUGGAGAGAUGCAUUUCCCCGACCUGGUCCCUGGUCUUCUGCGCACGCUCAAGACGGAUACUUCCGGCGUCGAUCGUCAAGGUGCUGCUCAAGGUCUGUCUGAAGUUCUCGCUGGUCUCGGUAUGGAACGCAUGGAAGGUCUUCUCCCCGAUAUCAUCACCAAUGCUCAAUCUCCGCGGAGCACGGUUAGGGAAGGUUUCAUGUCGCUACUCGUCUUCCUUCCGGCAACAUUUGGUGCCCGCUUCCAGCCUCACCUUCCCAAGAUCAUUCCGCCGAUCCUCAGUGGUCUCGCCGACACCGAAGACUACGUGCGCGAUGCGGCGAUGCGCGCUGGUCGUAUGAUGGUGAACAACUACUCGACAAAGGCGAUCGACUUGUUGCUUCCUGAACUCGAGCGGGGCAUGUUUGAUCCUGGUUGGCGCAUCAGGCAAUCGUCAAUCACACUUGUCGGAGAACUCUUGUUCAAGGUGUCUGGAAUCAGUGGCAAGGCCGAGAUCGAAGAAGAUGAGGAGGCGGAGGAGACUACUAUGGCGGAGGGUUCUCGCAAGGCUUUGGUUGAGGUCCUUGGCGUGGAACGUCGUGACCGCAUCCUCGCAGCUCUCUACCUCGCGCGCCAGGAUGCGGUCAACGUCGUCCGCCAGUCUUCCGUUCACAUCUGGAAGGCGCUUGUACACAACACUCCCAGGACAGUGCGCGAAAUCCUACCCGAGCUCCUCACUCAAAUCGUCCUUCUGCUCACCAGCGAAGAGAGCGAUCAAGAAGAGACUGCCGGUCGUACCGUCACCGAGUUGUGCCGCAAAUCUGGAGAGAAGCUGCUCGCCGAGAUUGUCACCAUCUUGCGCGAAAAUGCCAAGUCUAGCGAUACUCGUAAACGCGAAGGUGUCUGCCUCAUGCUCUGCGAACUCAUGGUUAGCACCACGGACGGCCAGCGAGAAGGUCAGGAGAUGGACAUCAUUGCUAUGGUUAGGGCAGCGCUCGUCGACGACGAGGCCAGCGUACGCUCUGCGGCCGCGAAGGCUUUCGAUACCUUGCAGGAACACAUUGGCGCACGGGCCAUUGACGAGACUAUCCCCACGCUCCUGGAAGCUCUCCGUCAACCUGGGCAGAGCUCAGGGACUGCGCUCCAAGCGCUCAAGGAAGUCAUGGCUGUCCGCGCCUCGACGGUGUUCCCCAUCCUAAUUCCGACUCUUACUGCCCUCCCUAUGUCGGCAUUCAACGCGAGGGCUUUGGCCACGUUGGUCACCGUUGCUGGGCCUGCGCUCAGCAGGCGUCUCUCACAAACUUUGAAUUCCCUUGUCAAGAUGCACGAGGGAUCAGAAGUGCAAAGUGACGAAGAGCUCAACGAGGCUAUUGACGAAGCAGUGCGGGCCAUCAUGACUUCCAUCUCAGACGCCGAAGGUCUCAACAGCUUGAUGCUUACACUUCUCGACUGGGCAAAAUCCCAUUCUGCAAAGCGUCGAACGAGUGGAUGCGAGUUCUUCGCAAUCUACUGCGAGGCAUCUGAGCAGGACGACUCUUUGUACCGCAUCGACUGGAUUCGACAACUAGUGACUCUUCUCGACGACCCAGAGGUGGAAGUGCACACAGCUGCCUGGCAAGCAUUUGAUGCUUUCGUCAAGUCCAUCCCCAAGGACGAGCUCGAGCCUCUUGUCGUUCCCUUGCGCCGGACAAUAGAAAGCACUGGCGCGCCCGGCGUCUAUGUCCCCGGCUUCAGCCUUCCCAAGGGUGUCGCUCCCUUCGUCCCCAUCAUCAUCGCCGGCCUCACUACGGGAAGCAACGAGCAACGCGAGCAAGCCGCGUACGCUAUCGGUGACCUGGUCGAACGCACAGCGGAGGCCGCAAUCAAGCCGUUCGUUGUCCCAUUCACUGGGCCGCUCAUCCGUGUCGCCACACAAGCCACCACGUACCCGCCCGCGGUCAAGUCUGGAAUUCUCACCGCGCUCACGACGAUGCUGGAGCGCAUCCCCAUAUUUGUCAAGCCCUUCUUCCCCCAACUCCAGCGCACGUUCGUCAAGAGCGCUGCGGAUCCCGCCAGUCUUGCCGUGCGCUCGCGUGCCGCCCGCGCGCUCGGAGUGCUCAUGCGCAGCCAGCCGCGCGUUGACCCCGUCGUCACCGAGCUCGUCACCGCGGCGCGCGCAGCAGAGGACGCGAUCGCGGCGAGCUUGGUUCUCGCCCUCGCCAAGGUUGUACGGAGUGCGGGCACCAACGUCGGCGAGAAGGCACGGGAAGCGUGCUUGGAGCUGAUAUCAGACGCGUUCAAGGAGCAACACGAAGAGCCUUACUGGGUGUCGAUGUCGGAACUUUUUGCUGCGGUCGCAAUCUUCGACGACCUUGUCAUGCCCAUCGUCAGCGCUCAUCUGGUUGGCGGCACUCCGCAGUCCGUGCUCGCCGCGCACUGCAUCCGUGCGGUCGUCGCUCCUGAUGAGGACGAGGACGACAACAGUGCGCAGACCGAGAACGUUUUCCAGCGUCUCGGCGUGCUCCGCAUGGUCGCGCAGAAGGCUCAGGAGUGUGCAGCGAACGAGCGGCCUAUGAUCGCGCGCCCUGGGCGCGAAGCGCGCGACGCGAUCAAGGCGAUAGUUGAAUGA